UACGGGGAGCGGAGCGAUGGGCGGGGAGGAGGAGAUCGUGCGUAUCGCCAAGCGGCUGGACAAGAUGGUGGCCAAAAAGAGCGCGGGCGAUUGCCUGGAGUACCUGUUUGUUGCUCUAGUUUGUGUGUGGAUCCUGAUUGGCUGCUGUUUCCCCAAAUGUGGCUCCACUUCUGAUAACAGAAGCAUGAAUCACCACGUCUUUUUGUAUGUUAAGGGCUGGAUUUAAUGAAGUCUGUUACUGUUGGAGGAACUGAAAAGUCUGAACCUGCCUGGAUGGGAAGCUGCUCAUUCUGGGAUGGUGCAAUGGAUUUACUGAAGGAACUGAAGAGUAUGCCUAUGACUUUGGACUUACUGCAGUCCACCCGCAUUGGUAUGUCAGUGAAUGCACUGAGGAAGCAGAGUACAGAUGAAGAAGUGAUAGCACUUGCCAAAUCACUCAUCAAAUCUUGGAAAAAACUUCUAGAUGCUUCAGAGGAAAAAAGUGAGGAGAAGAAGAAAAACCUGUCCUUGCCAACAUCUUCCUCAAAGGAGACCGGUAACUCAAGAGACCAAAGCUCCAACAAAAGGCAGGAGCCUCCGAAGACCCCGACCACCCCCAAAAUCACCACCUUCCCCCCGGCGCCCAUCACCUGUGAUGCUGUCCGUAACAAAUGCAGAGAAAUGCUGACAACAGCUCUGCAGGCUGAUGAUGACUAUAUUGCCAUUGGUGCUGACUGUGAGCACAUAGCAGCUCAGAUUGAAGAAUGCAUAUAUCAAGAUAUCAAAAACACUGACAUGAAAUACAAAAACCGAGUGAGGAGCCGCAUCUCCAAUCUGAAGGACUCCAAAAAUCCUGAGCUGAAAAAGAAUGUGCUGUGUGGGGCCAUUACUCCUGAACAGAUUGCAGUGAUGACCUCGGAGGAAAUGGCCAGUAAUGAGCUGAAAGAGAUCAGGAAAGCCAUGACGAAAGAAGCAAUCCGGGAACAUCAGAUGGCAAAGACAGGAGGGACGCAGACUGACCUCUUCACCUGUGGGAAAUGCAAGAAGAAGAACUGCACUUACACCCAGGUGCAGACCCGCAGCUCCGAUGAGCCCAUGACCACCUUUGUCGUGUGCAACGAGUGUGGGAACCGCUGGAAGUUCUGCUGAUAUGUGCCAUGGCCCAAGAGCGGCAGCCAAACACAGAUCUGAGUGCAACCUCCAUACGCCAGCUCCCACGGCAAUUGUGUAUUGUGUCCCAAGUGAGUUUGCCUUGUCACGUACUGAGAGAGCAGCUGCAGGGAGGCCUGCCUCUCUGUUUGGGCCUCGGUGGAGCCACAGUUGUGGGCUGACAGUGGCAGGAGAGCUCACUAAACACACUUAGUCAUUAUUUUCUCAUCUAAGCAAGUAUGGUCACUUUUUCUUCAAAACUAAUAUUAAACAUUUUUGUCAGUUUCUGACUUUUAUUUGAACUGUGUGUGGACUUUGCAUUUGUUGUAGAGCUGCAUAGAGGCUCAGAACAGUAUCUGGAUCAGUGUUGACUGAUCCAUACCUGGGUCAUGAGACAGCAUAAAGCUGCUUGUAGAUAGACCCUCAGUGUGUGAAAGCUUGCUUCUAGCCCAGCUCUUAAAAGCUAAAACAUUGGGCCAAAUCCUGGAGUGGCUGGCUGGCAGUCCUGGCUCUCCUUACCUGACUGAGGCCUGUUGGUAGAAUAGAACUUUUUGGGCAGUGAUGACAUGCAGCUGUCCAGAUCAGUUGGACGUUGCAUUCUUGUGAUUUUUGCAUGGUAUUAAAUAGCUUGUGAUAUCGUGCCUUUAAAUGCCAACAGCACAGGCUGCUGCAGAGAUGAUAUCGAGAAUGUUGCUCUCCACAUUAUGACAGACUGAAAACUAGGUGACUCCAGCCAUCAGAAAAACCAAGUGGUUGGUUUGGAGGAGCAGGGCAAGGAGACCCUAACAGCCAAGAGAUUCCUUAACAUCUAGUUGGGCAGGAAGAGCCCAGGAGAUUGUUGCUGUUUCUGCUGGCUGAGCUGCUCCCCUUGACUGUCUGCUCCUGAUCCCCAUUGUGGGGAAUGUUUGAGGUGAGCUUGUAGCUGGUGCUUGCAAGGGGUGUGAGAUGAAGAAAGCUGGUAGCAAAAGCAAGCUUCAGGUGCCAGCUCUGGAGAUGUGACCUUGUUGGUGGGGACCUGCAGGAUCAGGCUGUUGGUGGGAGGAUAACUGUAGCCUGCUUUUCCUUUUGGUAGUGUUUGAUCUUGGUCUAAGACUUAAAAUCCCUCUUCUCUCCUGGGUUUCCUAGCUUCUAACUGAGGUGAUAUAGCAUUCCAGGGACCCCCCUCUGUGGUCACUUCUACUGUUGUGCUCGUAAGCAGUACGGGGGCAUUUGCAGUCACAUCAGUAGCAUUGCUCCCCUAUUUCAGAGUGAAAAAGCAAGUAUUUCCAUUGGCUUUUCAGCAUGCCAGACAGCAGACAUUUAGCAGAGACCUUGGAGAUGUUGGGAGGGGAGUAAGCAGCCACAUGAAAGCGAUGGGAAACGUGCUUGCAGCCCCUUUGAGAGCUGUGUUCCACUCGAGGCAGUGAUCCCAACAGGAUCUUUUGCUCAAGGCUUUCACUUGAUGGGGUGCAGCCAAGUCUCCCAAGAAGGAAAAGAUUCAAAGAUGCUGACAACUUGUUAAGCCUCACGCAUCUUGCAGCGGAUGGGAUUAUUCAAGCCAGGCUUGUGAGGGAACAGUGUCCUCACAGUAAUGCUUAAAAAACCCUUCAGGAUAUAAAACCAAAGCUGGCCAAGGCACUCUGGCUCGUGCACUGUGAACAGGAGCCAGCUAAUUACCAGUUGCUGUUGCUUUUCUUGUAUUAAUGUAAGAAGAGGAGUGGAGCCUGAGUGCAAUCCUAAAUUUACAUAUGGAGAUUAAGAAACAGAAGGAGCUCCUCAAAAGCUAGAGGGUAGCACCUUGUCUCGUGGCAUUCUGCUGUGCUUCUGGGGCAGUCAGAGGGUGGAAAGCCAUGGGAUAAAGAGGGAUGGAGAUUGACUGACAGGAUGCUUAAGUGCUAGGAUGGUGAGCAAGUUUUGACACAGCUUACCUGGUGGUAUUGGAUCUGUGUGGGGCUGGCACCUUGGUGGAAGAUCCAACCUGCCUGCUGUGCUCCUGGACAGCAUUGGGGAUGCUCUGCAAACCCAAACAUGAAGGUAAGAUCUCUGUAAUGCAGGGUGUGGUGCUGGGGGCCUAUCACACUGCUGGCUCUGCUCAGUGCCUGUAGGGAAACCAGCGUGCUGCACCUCUGUGCCAGGCCUCCUGCUGCCGAGUUACUGGUUAGCAUCAGUCAUUAGCACUGUCACACUUCCAUCACUCGACGUACAAGCAGGGGGAGUGCCCUGGGCAGUGGAGCUGUUGCUUUGCUGCUUUUGUAUCCAUCAGAAAUGCUCUCUUGGUUCUUAAUGGCUUCUUGGAACAGGAUGGGAGCCCCUGCUGUGGGAGCUUGUCUGACCCACUGGGUCUGCAAGGGGCUCUCGGAGCACUAAGAAUCAAAUAAUAAAAAUACCAACAUUCCUGAGCAAACAAACCAGCUCUGCUCUCUCUCAAAAAUACAUUUUCUUGAGUUGUAUUUCCAGCUUGGCAAACAGAAACUAAAUUUACUGACACGAAUUUCCACUCAAUCACGCCAUGAGGAAGGAAGGAAACAAACAAGAAAAAAGAGCUGAGAGUUUGUUUGCUUAAAAAAUAUCUUCAAUAAAAAGAACCGAUGCUCUUUUUUCUGAAGGGGGUGGAUGUGAAGCCACGGGCUGUUCUGUACCAGAGCCCUUCCAGAACUUCCCAAAGGCUCUGUGGCUGCUGGGGCCACAGUGUUGGCUCUGUGUCAGCACAAGGGCAGGGGCUGCUGGCAGAAAUGCUGCAGUGCUGGAAGCUGGGCCUCUGGUAAACAAGUCCUCGUGCCAUACAAAAAUACACAGAUAUGAUAUAUCUUUUCCCUGUGACAUUUCCCAUUGCACACAGAGCCCUGCCUGGGUGCUCAGUGCCAAGCUCCUCUUGCAGGAUGAGGGCAGAGCUGUGCUGAGGAAGGUACAGUCCAGCUGAAAACCUUUCCUUUUGGAGGUCCUGGUGCCUGUGCAACCCACACUGAUGUUCUCCCAGGGCUUCCUGCACCAAGGAUGCAGGAUGCUCUUGUGUUUGGGGUGAUGAGUGCAUGGUCCAGUGCUGCUGCUGCUGACUGGUUGGGACUGGGGCCUCCCAGAUCUGGGCUGUGUUGGGGGGCUGCCUCCCUCUGCUCCACAGCAUCUCCCUGUUGUAGCAGUGGGGGCUGCCUGGGGUCUGGGGGUGUCCCCUAGAUCUGCUGGGGCUGCUCCCCUCCCUGUGCUGCUUCAAACAGACAGAGCGAUGUAAACCCGAGGUGUUUUUAUAUGUACAACAGACGCUCAUCAACACCCCCCUCCCUCCCCACUUCCCCCAAUGAAAGCCAACCAAAAAAAAAAAAAAA